CUAUUCUCUCAUUUUUAUUUGAUAGCUCUCCAUUUAGCCACCAAGGGAAAAAACUCUUCAACAUGCAGUUAUUUACAUACAAAUCUAAUCUUUCACAUUUCAGUCAUUUCCCUUGAAGAUUUGGAGCAACAUGUAAUCUGGAUGAAAAGGGGACAGUUGUCUAUGUAUGGGAAGUGUGCUUGGACUGAGUGGCACAUCGACAAGACCGAGAGGCCGGACACACACGCAGAGGGACGGACGCAAGCUUUUUUUUCUUCCUGACGACGUCCUUCGACGCCAGCAGACUCCCUGCCAGACCCCCUGCGCCACGCAGACUUGAGCUGGAAACAGAAAAUGUUGGAGGAACUGAAGGACCAGUAACGACGGCUAGGCUUUGAAGAGAGAAGAUAACAGACGCGUCCCUCAUUCCCUCCCUCCCACCCUUCCUUCCCUCCCCACUCUUGGACCCCCACUUCCCUCUCUCCUCCGUUUUUAAAAGGCGUAUUUUAUGCUGCCAGAGAGAGCGGCACGACAGUGAGAGAGUGAGAGACGAUCCUAUCUGCCCCAAAGCCUUUCGCAAGGAUUCGCGAGGAAGCGCUAGCCGGGACUGAGCUGGACUGGACCGUGGCAUUCCUUGGAGGAGGAGGAGGGAGAGCCGUGGAUAUGGAGGACGGUGGGACACGGCACCUCGGCCAUGAGUGCAGGGUGGACAUGAUGGAAGAGGAGGGGGAGCCGCUGACCGGAGGAGAUGGACUGACCGGAGCUGGUGUCAUCCUGAUUCCCAAGCUGCCCCAUGUGGAGUUCAGCCUGGAGUGCAGGGAUCUGAUUGGCUCAGGCAGAGACAGGACGCCCAAUGCUCUAGUCCAGGUUGCUGUCAUCGACCCCCGGGAACAAUACCUGGUCUCCCAAGCCUGCACAGAGAUAGUAGAGGGUAGCAGAGACCCGUUGUUCCUGACAGGGGUGACAUUCCCUCCGGAGUACCCUGCCAGCCCAGAGACGCUAGUCAAGCUCACCGUCUACGAUGUGAGAGACAAGGCCCGCGACAAUAGCAGUUUCCUGGGCAGCGCUACGUUCUCCGUUAGCGACCUGCUGAGGUCAAAGGACGAUCAGCUGACCCUCAAUCUAAGGUCUUCUGAUGGUGUGUUGGCGGUGGGGACAGUGUUGGUGAGCCGUGUGAACAUGGGGGAGAUGGAGGAGGGGGACUUGGAUCACAUCACGGCCGACGUGCAGCAGGCCCAGAAGUGCACCUUAGUUUGUGAGUCAUCACAGGGAACCCAGAACGACAAAGAUAAUAGCCCCCUGACGGGUGCUGUCUUUAAGAACCCGGUUUGUAAGGUCUACAAGUUCCAGACGGUGGAUAGUAAAUGGAUGCUGGUGAGAGAACAGAUGGAGGAAUGUACUCUGUCCUUCAGCAUCCCCAGACAGCUCCUCCACCUCUACAUCCAGGAAGACAUGAGGAGGAUACAGGAGCUGAGGGACCUUGGGGAACUGUCUCCCCACUGGGACAACCUGAGGAAGGAGGUGAUUGGCCGUUAUGGACAGGUGAUAGCUGCCUACCAGGAGACCCUGGCUGAGCUGAAUAAGAUCACUGGUCCGUCGUUCAAGCCGAGCUGCAGCAAGGCCCAGAGGUAUCUAGAGUUCAUCCCUAUCAACCUGCACACCCAGAGGAUGAGGGUGACGUGUCCCAGACAAACAGAUGCAUUCUAUGACGUGAUCACGGUGGGGGCUCCAGCGGCCCACUUCCAGGGCUUUAAGGGCGGAGGGCUGCAGCGACUACUGAGCAGACAUGAGGCAGAGAAGAAGAGUUUCAGCACAGCAUACCAGUGCAUCUACUACUCCCCGGAGCACACAGCCAAAGCCCAGGAGGUGUUGCACAGUGUGGGCCAUCUCCAACCUCUCAUCUCGGGCCUGGCAGACCAGCUGCUUCAGGCCGCACAGCAGCACUCCAUGGCUGGGCUGAGGGAGGCACUCAAGACCCUGGCUGGAAAGACGGAGCAGUUUGUGCACGCGCUCAAAGACGAGCUGGUGAAGAGCGCCUUGCUGGCCCUCCACGCUGCACAGCCCGGCUAUGUUACAAAGAACCAGAACCAGACCCUGCCAGGCCACCAGGGUCACAGCCACCAGGACCACCCUAGUCCCAGCCAGAGGGGUCAACAAGGCCAGAGUCCACCCCAGAACCCAGGCCACAGUCCUGGGCAGCCAUCGGCUACAGACAGCCCUGUGGUGGUGUGUAAUAAUGUGGAUGGAGGCUCCCAGACGGCUCCCAUCAGAGAAGACGGGCAGGCUCCUCUGAAGCGCCAGGACUCCAUACCGUGCCAUAAGGAGUACGACGAGGAGGAAUGGGACAGGGUGUGGGCUGACGUGGCGAAGAGCCUCAACUGUGUCAUCGCCAUGGUGGACAAGCUCCAGGAGCAGGAACCAAUCAACAACAACCAGGAACAACCAAUCCAUAAGCAGGUCCUGGCUGACGUCAUCACCUCCCACAACCCCGAAGGGGAUUGGCGGGAGCAGCUCUGCCCUCUGGUGGUGAGGUUGAAGGAGUGCGUCGCGGAGGUGGUGGUGCGGGCCAGGAGGGCCAUGACCUUCGUCCUGCUGCAGGAGGCGGCCUGCAGCAUCCCCCAGGGACUGUUCCUCAAGCAGAGGAGGGAUGUGGUCUUCAGUCAGGCACUAGCUGCGUUGGCGUGUGGUUUCGUCAUGAGGCUGUACGCGGGGAUGGAGGAUAAGGGCUUCCUCAGGCAGCUCCACCUAGUGGGCCUGGUGGCACAGUUUGAAAGCCUGCUAAGCACCUACAGUGAGGAGAUUGGCAUGCUGGAGGACAUGGAGGUGGGCAUCUCAGACCUGCACCGGGUGGCCUUCAAGAUCACCCAGGCCAAGACAGACGACCCCUGUGACCUGCAACCUGUAGUCAUCGGCAGGCGCGACCAUUAUACUGUAGAAGUGCCAUUACCACGGCUGGCCUUCCAGACGUUACCCCAUGAGAUCAAAGAGGGCAAGGCGUUGCAGGUUUACCCGGUGCUCUUCAACGUGGGAAUCAACGAACAGCAGACAAUAGCAGACAGAUUCGGAGACAUCUCUUUGCAAGAGAGGAUAAACCAGAGGAACUUUGAGAUUUUAGACAGUUAUUACAAAUCACUAAGCGAUAAGGUGCCAUCAGAAUGUCUGCCAUGUUUUCAAACGCAGACGGACUUGAAAGAUUUACUCGGAACCCUGGGCCAGAAUGUAGUGACGAAGAAGAGGAAGAAUGUGGAGAUACUGUGGCUCGCUGGAACGAUCUGCCGACGGCUGAACGGGAUCAGGUUCACCAGCUGUAAAAGUGCCAAAGACAGGACGUCGAUGUCUGUAACCCUGGAGCAGUGUGCCCUGCUGAGAGACGAGCACCAGCUCAACAAGGAUUACUUCAUACGAGCCCUGGACUGCAUGCGGAGGGAGGGAUGUCGGAUUGAGAAUGUGCAAAAGAAUAUUAAAUGCCGGAAGUAUGCCUUCAACAUGCUGCAGCUGAUGGCAUUCCCCAAGAUCUACCGGCCGCCGGAGGGGACCUAUGGGAAGGUUGACUCCUGAACCCAACCUAUAUGUAGGAAGUAAGAUGGCUACGUCCUGAUUCUCCACCCUCCACAGGGAGUGUGCAUGUGCACACUUUGGGAGAAGUGUAGGGAAACAGGACACAGCCGGUGUAAAAAACAAACCAUAUGAUUCCUGACGCAAUCUAAUCCAAGCAGUAAAUAUAGUAGCAAUAGAAAUAGUCUAUAGCCAUGCGCUGCAGGUCCAGAUGUAAAAAAUAAAUGAAAGGUUGUAGGUGUUUCUGACAUUGGCCAUGUUAUGUAACGUUGCUGGGACACACUGUUUUGUCUGAGUUAAGUUUGUCCGUAUUUCUUGUUCAGGCGUUCCUUUGUCAUUUUCUUCUUUGCUGAGUCAUCGUUUGUAAUAUCUGCGAAGCGUGUUGCUUGCCAAUUGAGCAUACUUUCUCAUGCUCCGUUUCUGAAAUGCCUUAAAGUCAACACAGUAACUCAUUUGCAUCAGACGUGGCUUGAAGGAAGCCUUGAGAGGUUCUAUAAGUUCGAGAAAAAGCUGAACAGACUUUCAAGUUUAGCUUGUUGUUCAUGUUCCCUCAGCCUUCUACAUAAGAGACCUGUCUGUCCCUUAAGGAGCCUGAGAGAGCUUUACUGUAAAUAUAAUUUAAUUCCAUGAAUAUGUUCUCCUCUUAUUCUCAAUCAUGGUUGCUUUUACGACCACCUCAUAUUUUUUUGUACAAUUCAAUCGUAAUGUGUCUCACAAAAUGUGUUGAAUUACUGCCAUAUCUAUCACAUGCUGUAUAUAACUUUACUUUUGUUUAAAAAUAUUGUUUUCCUUUAUUUUCCCUCCACAAUCAGUCACUUGAAAACCAAACCAUAACCCCUUUGUAUCAUAUUUAUUUUUAUAUCCUUUUUAAUCCGUUUUUAUGCUUUAUUCAGGGUCAUUGUCUUGGAUUCAAAAGCAUCCAAAGCUCUUCCUGUAUGUAAAAUAUCUUUGUUUGCGCUUUGCAAUGUGUUGCAUUCCUGUUUAUUUAAUUAAAAUACAUUUGAUUCAA